AUGGCCACGGGGAGAGAGGCACGACACAGGCCCACUGCAGGGAUGCUGCUGAUCCAGCGUAUGACAGCAGCACACCGCAUCCUGGACAAGGUGAGGAAUAACGGAAUGCGCCAUGUUGACAAGGGCAAGGACAAGCAGAGCCGUGUGCGAGCGUUUGCCUCAAUGAACUCACUCAAACACGCGUUUACACGAGAUCAGUGGACGGUGAUCUCAGACGAUCACAACACCACAAGAAUUCUUUGUCUUCACGCCACUCUGAGGGUUCUGCUGAUACACCAGUCUGGAGACUCUAUGAGGAAAAAGAACAAGUCUGCAGCUUCGUUCCAGUUUGCAGAGAUUUAUGAGCGGACCAAAGCCGAGAGUCUAAGAGUGUGUGCUCAGAGAGAGUUUGGGAGAGUGGAGAUUUACGACACAGCGUUUGGGUCAUAA